AUGGAUAAGUGGCUAAUAAAACGCACAUCUACAGAUGCAGGUGGCGGAAGUCCUAAUAACGCAUCACAAAUCAAAAGAAUUAAACACGUAGUUCUUGACAGCAGUGUCGCCUCAGAUUCUACAAUGACAACUACUGUUACGAGUAAUAUAAGUCAUGAGACCAAUGCCACCACUUCAAGUACUAGUAGUGUUAUUACUAUCGAUGAAAGCAGAGAAACAUCUAGUUCCACUACUAUAACUAUUAGUCAUAACAGCGAUGAUUGUAGUUCAACAGCCACAUCUACCUUACACAUCGAUACAGAGAGUGACGCUUCAACUUCAACUAAACAAGCAACAACUAUAUCGGAGACAACUGGGAAGCGUCAACGCAUCUUUAAAGAAUCGUACAUCCAGUUUGGUUUUAAAUGUACAGUGUUGAAUUUUGAACAACGUCCACAGUGCGUUGUUUGUUCGGAGGUUUUGGCAAAUGAGAGCAUGAAGCCGACCAAACUGAAAAGGCACCUAGAAACUAAGCAUCCACAGUUAAAAAAUAAAGAUGAAUCUUAUUUUAAACGACUUGCCACCAAACUAAAGUCACAGCAGGUUGAUUUCCAAAAAUACACAAUAGUUAACCAAAAAGCCUUACAAGCAUCUUUCGAGGUUUCCUUUUUGAUUGCCAAAACUAAAAAACAUCACAACAUUGGCGAGACGCUCAUUUUGCCAGCUGCAAUGAAAAUGGUUUCGAUCAUGCAAGGAGAAAAGUAUGCCAAUUUACUGAAAACAAUUCCACUAUCAAGUGACACUGUUCAUCGUCGUAUCAAUCUACUUGCUGCUGAUAUCAAAAUACAACUUAUAGAUCGCGUGAAAGGGAGUCCCUAUUAUGCUAUUCAGCUGGAUGAAAGCACUGAUGUAGCUAAUGUAGUUCAACUUCUGAUAUUUAUCCGAUACCGAUAUGAAAACGACAUAUGCGAAGAUUUGUUAUUUUGUCAGGGAUUAGAAGGAAGAACAACCGGUGAAGCAAUUUUUAAUGCAGUUAAUACCUUUUUUGAACUCCAUGACAUAAAGUGGGAAUAUUAUGUAUCUGUGUGUACAGACGGCGCAGCUGCAUUGACCGGCUUCAAAACAGGCUUCAAAGCAAAAGUAACUGAGAUUGCACCUCACGUAGGCUUUGUUUACUGUAUGAUUCACCGUAAAGCCCUUGCAGCAAAACAUUUUCAACCAGAUGUAAAUAAAGUGUUGGAACAAGUCGUAACAAUAAUAAAUUUUAUUAAAGCUCGCGCAUUAAACAGUCGCCUUUUCAAAAUAAUGUCGUGA